CAAUUUGUUCAAAGUGGAACAGGUACUUGUGGGGUGGCAAUACGCUUCGGAAAGAUCGCUAAAUUUCCUCGGUCGGAGAGGGAGAUUGAAACAAGUCAAAGAUAAAGGCGAACUCUGUAAAAAAUUCCGACAAAAAGCCCUAAUGAAUUUGGGAUCAUGAAAAGGGCUUGCUUUGUUUUGGUCGCUGUUGCAAUCGUUGUGAUUUUAAUCGCUGACGUUUCUGCCAAGUCGCGCGGAAAGAAAAAGCCACAUAUUACUAAAAGCAAUGGAAAAAGCGUUUUAAAGCAUUCGAAUAAGAAUGGAGUGACCAAGAAUAAUACGACAAAAAGGCAGUUUAUAAACAGGCCGAGGAUUAGAUAUUUCGGAAACCGUCCUUACAUAUGGAUGAAACCGUCUCCGUUAACGCAAAGAACGAUUGUGACAACACACAUACCAAGGCCGCCAUUAGCCUUGCCUUAUUCCGCACGUGUGAUGCAUUUGCUGGCAAGUAGGUAUCCGUCCUUGUACAAUAACAGGCAGGCUCUGUCGCAGGGAUUUGCCGGAUAUGCCGGAGGAUUGCCUCAGAGUUCGCUGCUUGGAGCUGGCUUGGAUGGAACGGCGGUAUCGCACGGAUUAGAAGACGAGGAAGUAGAUGAUGAACGCUGCGAGCCGAAUCCAUGUCAGAAUGGAGGAACGUGCAACGAGAUCAAAGAGGGAUAUGAGUGUAUCUGUUCCUCUGGGUUCAAAGGAUCCGACUGCGAAGAGGAGAAUCAUUGCCAUCCCAAUCCAUGUAGAAACGCUGGAGUUUGUACUGAAGCCGACGGCGCUUUCGUCUGCACUUGCAGUGAGGGAUUCAAAGGAGUAAACUGUGAAGAACACAACAAGUGUCAACCUAACCCUUGCAAAAAUGGUGGAUCAUGCACCGAAAUUAACGCAGGAUUUGAAUGCAGUUGUGGGGCAGAAUACAGAGGUCCCACCUGCGAAGAGAUCGAUCACUGUCAUCUUAGUCCUUGUAUGAACGGUGGGACAUGCAUGGGAGGCGAGGGACCUGCCUCGGUAUCAUGUUUGUGCCCUUCCGGAUACAAUGGCAUUCAUUGUGAACUUGAAAGUCGAUGUCACACAAGUCCAUGUCGAAACGGUGGGACAUGUCUUGAUAAUCAGGGAGCAUUUCAGUGCCUCUGUCCUCAAGGUUUCACUGGAGUGAGCUGUGAAGCUGUGAUGAAUCCGUGUGAUUCAGAGCCUUGUCUGAAUGAUGGCUCCUGCAUUAAUCUCGGGCCAAUGGUCUUCAAAUGCGCAUGUGCUAGAGGUUUUAGAGGCAGAACAUGUGAAAUGGAGAAAAGAUGCGAGCCUAAUCCGUGUCAAAAUGGUGGAUUUUGUCACGAAAGUUUCACCACGGGUGACUACAGAUGCGAAUGUCCAAAACCUUACAAAGGAACCAACUGUGAAGAUCAUAUCAACGCAUGUGAAAACAGCCCGUGUCUUAACGGGGGAACAUGUACGACAUCAUUUGGGCUUCAAACUAAAUGUAUCUGCGCUUCGGGAUACAAAGGACAACAUUGCGAAGAAGAGGAGCACUGUCGCUCAACGAUAUGUCGAAAUGGUGGAACGUGUUCCCCGGGAACUAACGGCGACAGCUGUACAUGCUUAGCGGGAUUCAGCGGUCCUACUUGUGACGUCCGCUCAAAAUGUCACCCCAACCCUUGCACCAAUGGUGGAACGUGUUUCGAAAAUGACAUGGAGUUCACCUGCACGUGCCCAAGUGGUUUCAGAGGAAAGACAUGUGAAGCACGAGAUAAAUGCCAUCCAAACCCUUGCCACCAUGAUGGAAUAUGUGAAACUGAAGGACUAGAUUAUGUGUGUACGUGCUCCUCUGGUUGGACCGGUGACACCUGCGAAGACAAGGAUCGUUGCCGUCCUAACCCAUGUGACCAUGGCGGAAUUUGUAUCUCAAGAAUCAAUAAUUACAUCUGUCAUUGUCCUGCUGAUUGGAUGGGAAAAACCUGUGAAAUUUCAACAUUCAACAACAUUGCCAGCGCGUCGGGAGGAUCUUGUGCUACAACACGAUGGGGUUGCUGCCCUGACGGAAAAACACCAGCCCAGGGACCAGGGCAAUCAGGCUGUCCAGAGCGUUUCCGAAAAAGGUCAAAAGUGCCUAGAAAAUCUACCUAGGCUUCCCGCUUCGUCAGAAGUCAACCAUGCUGCAGGUCCUGGAAAUCACUAAAGGCUUGUUUUUUUUGCAGAAAAACUAUAUACGUAGAUACGACCACAUACGCAUGUUGGGUAUUUUAGAAAGUACAGAGUACAAUCAUUCAUUUCAAUUUUGACUUUAAUUUUCUACAGUACACGAAAAACGAUUGUGAAAAGUUAGCUAUUGUAUAAUAGUUUGUAUAAAAGUCGUAAGUUCGUAACCGAUUGUAAAAAAGUCGUAUUCUAUCCUUCACCUCCACAAUGACUUACUGAGUUUAGUUGUAGUA